AUAGCAAACUUUUUGAAUAUAUCUUGGGAUGUUAAACUUCUUUAGAUUCCCGUCAGUGUAUUUGUUUGGUUGACAUAAAUACUUUAAAUGAUUAUAAAGUAUUUUGGGAAAUAUAUUGAGAUUAAAAGAGAGUGAAAGUAAGACUACUGAAACUUGAAAUUCUGAAACGUGAAAGGAGGGAAGGGAGUGGAUGCUGAAAAGUACGACUGCGCAGUUUCAGCGAAUGCGGACGAGACGUCAGUUCCCGUCACCUGAGUGUUUGGUUGAUAAAUAUCCCAGAUCAAUCCGUUGGGAAACAGUGAACUGUCGGGCAUCGUAGUGGGACGUGGGUCGUUCGGCCGGAGGGUGGAAUUUUUCCAACUUUUUCAAUCCGAUUGGGGUGAAAUUAACAAUCGCCCUACUUUCCGUCUGUUAAAACCGCGGUUAAACAGCUAUCAUGAAAGUGUCUGUUAGAUGGACGAAGAACAAGCCUGGAAUGACGGCGCUAGCUUAGAGACUGUGAGGAUUCUGCACAAGACGGUCGUCUCUUUGAGGUCUGCCUUGCAGAAAUCGAAAGAGGAGCUUCAUCUCUUGAGGGAGCAGUUUAAAAACGUAGUCGAUCCCGAGCCUUACAACAGGACCAUUGAGAGUUUGUCCAUCGAGAACCAUGUCCUUCGUCAGAAAUACCUGUCUAAAGAUAUGAACAAGAACGAAAAGGACAUGGGCGACAAAGGAUCCGACAGCAGCAUUGACGAUGUGUUCGAGGAGGAGAAACCAGAUGUCAAUGGUGUCCAAGAGAAGAAAGACGAGGAGAAGAAAGAUACGGAUAACACGAGGAUAUCGAAAGGCGAUUCUGAAGAGAGUGAAGAGGUCGAUGACAUAGAGCUCAUAUUUACAACAGACGAUACCAAAGAGCUCGGAGGGCAGGUCGAUCUCGAGUCGAUUUCAGAAACCGACGGAUGGAAGCAAAAAAAUGACGAAGAUAUACCAGAAAAUUUAAAACACACAUGGUCACAUAGCGUCCUUGUUGAAACCGACAUAUCAAAAUGUGGCAUGAUAGAUGAGAAUGAACCGCCAAACCAAAACAGAAGGAACACUCUUCCAACACCAUUACCUUACAGACCGAUCAUACAUAAAGAAGCCGUCACCGGUAAUAAAAAGACUCAUCUUACCGAACCUCAAUCAAAACCAUCUGUUAAAUUUUUACCGGAUAAGAGCCCUCGGACGGUGAGGCCGAUUCUCGUUGAGAAAAACACCCUCAAACAAGAGUCCGAAGCACAGACGGACAUAACAGCCGUCCCGAUACACUGGAGGUCUGAGAGUUACCUCGCGCAUAAUAAGGUGUCUCAAAAUUUCACCACCCUCCCAAGUAAAUUCACCCUUCCUUUUGGACAGUUGAAAAAGCAUUCUUUGAAGCUGAGCGAAAAGACCCAAGAAGCUCGUAGAGUACUGCUUUCUGAUAUAAAUUUUACCAGCAUGGUACCGGAGCUGUCAAGGAGUGCGGAUCAUUUAUGCCAAGAAACGGGGUCUCUCCUUUGUCGCUAUCCUAGAGCAUUUUCAUACAUGAAAAACCCUGAUAUGAUUUCGCCUGGGUAUGCAAAAGGAGGUUGGUCGCCCUGCGACUGCCACCACAGACGGCCGUCUUGGGAUUACUACCAUGGAUCUUCUACCUCGAUUCCACCGUGUGAAUUCUCAGAUACACGGAGAAGGCACUCUAUGAGGCCUUCUCUCUCUUCUUUGGACACAUAUUGGAUGGGGCCUCCUCAACGACCCACAUGGGCUUCUAUGCCAUCUUCUCCUACACACUGCCAGAGGUCAAGGAGUGUCCCAUUGUCUUCUUCAUACAUCCCUAAAGCAUCUCAGCAUUCAGACAGCAGCAUGUACUCGGCUUGUAAAAUGUAUAGGCACAACAGCCAAAGAUGUGUUAGGCCUUCACACUCGCAAGGGAGACAUAAAGUCAAAUUUUUAUCUGACAACAAAUUUUCAACUUCGUAUCCAGGGAUGUCGCUACCGGACUUGAGGACAGAUGCAGAGAGCGGAGGUGAAGAUUCAACUGAUUCCCUCAUAGACGAGUCAGAGGAUUACCUAAGAAGGUCGAUUGACUCUAUUUUAGCUGGUGACGUCCCAAUUUACAAUCGGAGGCGCAGAACCCGAUCGCAUUCUCAGCCUGAUCACACCUACACUAAUGGAUGUAAACCACCUAAGCGAGCACAACCAUUUUUGGCGCGUGCACCAUCUGACCUCCGAAUAGACCAAUGGGUCAAAGUGAUCACAUCCGACGGCCGGCUGACCGUGGGCAAAGUUAGAUAUGUCGGACCAUUACCUGGUGCCCUUGAGCCUUACGUCGGAGUCCAAUUGGCUCCAGGCGAGGGUGGAAAUUGUAACGGCUCUUUUGCUGGGGCGAGGUAUUUUGACUGUGAUGCGGGCUGUGGGAUUUUUGUGCCAUUCAAAAAGGUUGUUAUGGCAUGGAGCAUAUAGUAAAAGCAGGGUUGGUUGUGGAAUUAAGAGAAAAUUUAUUAUGUUUUUAUGUUCAUGUAAAUAUUCAUCAGCAAGGGUUUUUUUUAAUUUUGAGAUUUUCAUGAAAUGCUUCUCUUGUCUGUUUUGGUGUCAGCUCCUUCCUUCCUCUGUUUAAAAAUAUUUAAGAGAAGUGGUAGUCUUUAAAAGUGGCACUUUAUUCAGGCUACAUGGUUUCAAAAUUUUCCCAACAAAAUUAUACUUACGGUGCCAAGCAUGUUUUAAUUUGUCAUAAUUCUAGUCAGAUCAUCAUGCAUUAUGUAAAAUCAUUGCGCUUUAAAUUUUCUAGUCUUUUUUUUUAAAUAGUUUGUAGAGUAAUACCAAAUAUAUGUAUGUAAUAAAUGUUUAUUGUGUUCAUUGUGUGUUUGUUCAUAAAUUUGGCAUAAUGUAAAAUUAAAACAUUUGUCCUCUCAUACUUGUGCCAAAUCUAAUUUUGUUUUUUUACAAAGUUGGGCCAAAUGGAGAAAUUAAUCAAGUGUCUGUAUAAAUCAUGGUAGAGCUUGAAAGUCAAUUUUUUUUUGUUUUUGUGUCUAUUACAGUUGUAAGGAAAAUAGUUUUUGGUUUGCAAACAAAAAAUCAAAAUUUCAAUUCAAAGAGACUUUUAGCAUUUUGUUAUAAGACUGGUUCUGACAAGGGUAUCAGACAACAUUACAUUUCUUUCUCAAUUUAUACUUUGAAAAUUUAAAGAGAAAAUUAAUGAGGUUUUGCCAGGAACCAAACCCAGGACACAUAUGUUACAAAUAAGAUAUUAUGAUUACCUAAUGAUCUCAUAUGUUGCUGACCCAAUUUCCCAUUUUUGUACUUACUUUUCUCUCUUUUUCAUUUUCACUUAUACACACAAACUUUUGCUUUGUGUCUUAUAUAUAUAGUGAAACUUCCUUAUAAUGGACACUCUCGGGGAAUGAAAUAUUGUCUGCUAUACAGAGGUGGCCUCUUUGAGAUAUGAGUUAGAAAAAUUCUGUUUUACAAGAUGGGCCACAAUGGGGUUUACAAGACACCUUUAAAAUACCAAAGACUUUUUGGCCUUUUCUAUGAUCAGAGGUCUUUCAAAUUCACCAAGCAUACUUUUGCCUAAAAGCAGAGUUAGCUCCUUUGAAACUUUUCCUCUCUGGCAACAUUCAUUUUUUAACUGCAUAGUUUUUUUUUGGUAGUGCUCUAAAAACUGAGGGAUCUUAUUACAAUUAAAAAUGUUUUUGGGUUCAAAAUCGGUGCAAUAUUGUUUUUCCAAGUUUCUUAAAAGAAAUCUUAUGCCAUGUUCUAAAAUUGUCGUCAACCUAAAAAAAUUUAAAAUCUGUUUGGCUUUAAUUUUUUGAACCUUUUUAGGCCUUUUCUUGGAUAAGCAUUCAAAUUCGUCCUGGUCUACCAAGCUAGAUUUUAAGGGGAAAAACCUGUAGGAUGUCAUUUCUUUAGUUACUUUUUAUUCUUUAGAAUUUCACAGAACCCCAAGUCUCACACACUUACUUUUUCACUUUCACUCACUUUUUUUUGAGUGUCAAACACAUUGAAGUACUUAAACAUGUUUGCAAAGUGGCAUAAACAAAAUCUAGCAAUAUCAGGAAAAUAUUGGACUGUUUCUCAGAAAACAUUCAUUUUCUGGAGGCUGCUGUCUACUUCGGAGAGUUUUAGGGUCAGAAUAUAAUUGGAAAGCUAUCUACGUUGAUCACGUUAUUACUGGUUGUGUUUGCUUUAUAGAAGUUUUUAAUGUGAAGAUGACUGGAAAUCAGAAUUUAUCCAUUCAAGGGCGGUAUCUGUUAAAAGAAGCUUCACUGUUAUGUAUUUCAAUAAAUUUAGAAAUAACCUUCAGCAAUUACCCAACUGUAAUUCAAUACACAUACCAAAAAAUUUGGCUUUAUACAAAAUUUGUGCAACACUUGUUCUCUCACAAAAAAAUGGCCUGUUGUACCAAAAUUUGUUUUAAUUUGCUGUUCAACUUGAAAAAAAAAAAAGUGUUUUAUUGGAGAAAAUCCAUCUAAACAAAAUAAUAAAAUAAGUCUAGACACAUAGAGAGACAACUUUACUUACUUUUAUUUUAAUGUACUUAUUAAUAUAGACGUAAAACAAUCCAAAUAUUUUGUUUUAUUAUUUUUCUCAUUUGUAGUAUAUAAUUCUGACCAAUUACAAAAAGUAAUACAUUGUAAGUUCCUUUCAAAAAAACACCAUCAUUACAAUACUUAUCUGGUUAUAGAAUUUAUACAAAAAUUAAAGCAAUAAAUCAAGUUUUAUUUGUGCUCUUAUUUUUGGCCUAAUGUAUCAAAUUUAAUUAAGACUUUCAACAAAAUUGACUAAUUUUUCUGGUGGUUAAACUUAACAUUUGAUACAAACAAGAAGUCACGACGUAACCAGUGUAUUUAAUAUUAUCUAUUUUUAAACAUGUUUUUGCAAAUUUAUAAAUAGAUAGUAUAUUUUACUAAAUUAUCAAAAAACCAUUAUAAAUAAUUUAUUAAGUAUUUUCUGCUCAAAACUUGGCUUGUUGAGCAAAAUAAGUUCACAUUUUCUUACUUAUAUCUGAGACUGCAUAUGUACCAUUUAUAGCUUUUUUUUCUUUCUUUAUUUGUAUAUAAUAAAAAAACUUUAGGGCAAAAGUGUAGUUUAAAGUAUAAGUAUUAUAACUUACAAAAUAUUGUAUAAAAUAGAUAGAGAAUGAUUAGUUAGCUCUAUGUGCAAAUCUACUUGUGUAAAAUACCAUAAAUUUUAAGGUUAAUGUUUAAAAUCAGUGGGAAUCAAUUUUACUCUAUCACAACUGUUUCCAUGAUAUUCGUGCCCCUUACAACCCUUGGGAUAAGUUGUUUCCAAACAAACUUUGAUAAAUCAAUAAUACAAAAGUGGCAGAGUUGGAGAUGUGAAGUUUGUUCUGUUUAAUUAGUCAAUAAACAACUAGGUCACUGAAAACAUAUAUCCAAAGGAGAGUAAAAAUUUAAAUUAUUGACCGUGGUGUUUAAAAAUUGUGUUACUAAACUGACUUAAUAUUUUCAUUUUUCAUAAUUAAAAUUUUCUCAUUUUCUCUCUUUGAAUUUUUUUUGCACGGACAUUUUUAAUCUAUUGUAGUUAAUUUUUAUUUAUUUCAUUUAUAAUCCUUGUCACACUAUUUGUGCUUCCUAAAAUUAAUUAUAAAGUAUUGCCAAACAUUUUAUAAAAAAGGACAACUUUAAGAGAAUGCUUUGUUCGUCAUUAUCUAAAGCAAGAUAGUAUUUUAAUAAUUAAAACUGUUUGUCAUUGGGCUUUGCAAAUUACACAAAUUAUGAAGUAGUAGCUGUAAUAUUAGAUGUUUUGGUGUGCACAUUUAUUCUGUAUGUACGGGGUUAUGAGUAAUAACAAAAUAAUAUUUGGUUUUUAUAAAUAAUCAAAUGAGAAGUAUAUACAGGAAAGAAAAAAACGCAAUUGUUUUGUUGUAUGUUAUUUGAUGUAAACAAUUUUGAUUGUUUAAAAAAAAAAUUUAUGUGAAAAAGAUUGUAUUUACCUGUUGAUUUCUUGAUUAUAUUUAUUACGAGAGAAAUGGGAUAAUUGUUCAAUUAAAUGUGAUUUGGUCUCAUCAUGACUAUUUUAUGUGCUAUGAAAUACAUCGUACAAUUGUUAUUAA